UGCCAGGUCCGUUCUGUUCGAGCCGGCAGACCGAGGCUGCGGGACGUGAUCAGGGAACGUCUGCAGACAUGGGUAUGGACCUGUAUUACAUGGAUCUGAGCGCCCCCUGCCGGAGCGUGUACCUGCUGGCCAAAUCCUUGGGUAUCGACAUGAACCUCAAGGUCACUGACUUGAUGAAGGGCGAAAACAUGACGCCCGAGUUCAUCAAGAUGAACCCUCAGCACAUUGUGCCGACCCUGGACGACAACGGCUUCUAUCUGUGGGAGAGCCGAGCCAUCCUCACGUACCUGGCGACCAAGUACGACUCCGGGAAGAACUUCUACCCGUCGGACCCGCAGGCGCGGGCAGUGGUGGACCAGAGGCUCUACUUCGACAUGGGCACGCUGUACGAACGCUUCGCCAAGUCCGUGUACCCGCUGAUGUUCGAAGGCGGCAAGUCCGUGGACCCCGAGGCGGUGACCAAGCUGAAGGAGGCGCUGUCCUGGCUCAACGACUUCAUCGGCACUGCUGGCCACGUGGCCGGCGAUAAGCAGACCGUGGCCGACUUCGCCAUCGCCUCCACCGUCGCCUCUAUUGAGGGAACUGGAGUGGUGAAUGUGUCUGACUACGCCAACGUCCACUCCUGGCUGGAGUCUCAGAAGCGUCUGCCUGGCUACGCCGAAGCCAACGACGUCGGCGCGAAAGAGUUGGGCGACCUCUUCAAGCAGGCGCUUGCCAAGGUGGCAUGAGCGCGAAGCUCAGAUUCCGUUCCUAGAGACAAGAUGGCAGGAGUGUAGAGCGCCGCCAUGCUUGCUUUUCCGUCGCCGAAAAAGGCAUUCGGCUCAGCGCCUUAAAAACAUUCCAUUUACAAUGAUUUGGAGAGACGAGCUACGAGCUACGCUCUACGAGGAGAGCUACGCUCCAUUGGCGUGCUGCAAGAACGGAACGUUUGGCCAGCACAGCCCCUCAAGUGGGCUGAAUGCUGUUAUGUUCCUGCGCAUUUUAAAGCGGCGCAUUGCGCCAUAUUGGGCAUCUAAACGCGUUUGUUUUGGCGCGAGAAAUACUCUGCGGCUAGGGUGCGCUGCGCAUGUGCGAUCCAUGACGAACUGCCUUGUCUCAUGAUGUACACCGGUUAAUACACGGAAACAUCAACUGCAA